ACCCAGACCGGACCCGAAAAUGAUAUUGACAAAUUACCUAUCAACGUGAAGAAUAGGAAUCAAGGAUCACAAACAUACCCUCAAAAUGCGAUUUACUUGGAUAUAAAAAGAGUAAUUAUGUCCGUAAUCUGUGAAUCGCGAGCUUGCUAAACGGCCGCCAGAGACUCUUUCUUCAUCGUUUCGUUUUCUCCGGUGAUGUUGAUGACGUCACGUUGUGUAAGGCACGAGCAGCACUCUGUUAAUUUGCAUGUGAGUAAGACUACAACUAUCGAAUUCAUCAUCAUGUCAAAGCGUGACAAAGGAGGAGAGGAUCCUGGAGGGUCAGGAGAUGUACCAACCAAGAAGAUAAAGCAUGUAGGAGGGAAUAGAUGUGUUCUUUAUGGAUGCAGCAACACAAUGUACAAUGGAUUUGCUAUCCAUGAAAUGCCAAAGCAGGGAUCAAUCAGACGAGCAUGGAUCAAUUUUAUCCAGCUGAGGCUAAAAGGAUUUCAUGCAAACGAGAGGGCCCGUGUUCAUGUAUGCAGUGGGCACUUUCAGAGGGAACAAUACGACCAGUCACAAGUGAUGCAAUAUCAGUAUGGCUACAGAAAGCUUCCGCCCCGUCUGCUCCCCAAUGCUGUCCCCAGACUUCACCAAGCUGUACAGCCAUUCCCUGCGGAGUGGUUCAUCAAGGAGUCUAUUCCUCCGGCAGAGCCAACACCGACCACAUCUACUCUCACAGUGGCAUCAUGUAGAAGUUCCGACACCAGUACCGUGCAUUCUAGUUCUACCAACAUGACAGUUGCGUUUCUACGCAGUGAGAAGUCAAAUACAAGUACUAGGAAGGAAAAUGAAAUCAAAGACCCUCGGCCAGUCACAUUAGCUGAUGCAAGUACUUGUAUGUCUCCUACGCUGCCCAGUUCUGGUGGAAGCAAGCGGAGAACAUCUUUGUUCAGUAGGAAGAAGGAGGUCUGUAGAAUAGCAGAAGAAUAUGCAAGGAAGGAGGAGGAAGAAGCAGCACGAGAAGCAGCAGCACAACAAGCUAGGAGGGAGCAAGAGAACACUAAGGCUGUUCAGGUUCAGUUGUUUCCCGAUAUGGUUGAUAAGCAGUUUCAAAAGAAACCAAAGACGAGGACUUGUGCUGUGCAGGUAAAGCCUGCCAAACCUCCAAAACCUAUCAAGCCUGUUACGAAAGAGAAAGGAAUCCAGGUUUGCCUUUCCUCUGGAAAGGUGGUCCCUACAGUCACAUCCUCAACCCAAACAGACCAUCUUGAAGCAGAGUCAGAGGAUAAUAAAUAUGAUGACAAGGACGAUGAAUGUGAUGACGAGGAUGUUGAAUAUGACAACAAGGAUCCAGAUUAUAUACCAGAGCAGGAACUUGAAGAAAAGGAUGCAGAAGAAUUUGAGAAAGUGAACAUGCCUGCUGAUAUCAUCAGUCAGCAGAAAUACAUUGUUUUCGAGGAACAGCUGAUUGAGCUAUUUAGGCAAUGCAGGAGCUGCCACUUGCCCUGCUCAGUGGAAAUCCAGCAGCCAGCAAACUUUGGGAGUCGGAUUAAAGUGGUAUCAACAUGUGAGGAAUGCGGCUCCAGACACGAAUGGUCUUCACAGCCAACAGUGGGCAACUUAUCAGCUGGAAACAUAUUGUUAUCGUCAGCGAUUCUGUUUGCUGGGGCAAGUGCCACCAAGAUAUUUAAGAUCUUCAAGAUAAUGAAUCUACGUGGUAUAUCAACAUCAACAUUCAACGAACACCAGACCAAGUACCUCCAGCCAGCAGUCAUCUUGGAAUGGAGGAAAGCUCAAUCAGCUAUUUUAACCAACAUCAAGGCCAGUGAGCAUGACCUGAUUGUGGGAGGGGAUGGCAGGAGUGAUUCCCCGGGACAUUCUGCCAAAUUUGGAUCAUAUACCUUAAUGGACUUGAGGACAGACAAGGUCAUUGAUGUCCAGCUGGUGCAAUGUACAGAGGUGAAGAAUUCCAAUGCAAUGGAAUUGGAAGGUCUGAAACGGGCAUUGGAGAAGAUGGAUGCGGAAGCUGUAGAGAUAAAAACAAUAGUGACUGAUCGGCAUCUUCAGAUAGCGAAGUUCCUGCGGGAGAAUUACCCCCAUAUAGAUCAUCGUUACGAUGUAUGGCAUAUUGCGAAAGGAUUGAAAAAGAAACUGAAAGCAUUGGGCCGAGUUAAGGACUGUGAACUCGUGCAAGCAUGGUUGAGGACACUCAUCAACCAUGUGUACUGGACAGCACUCUCCAGUCCAGGUGGCGACAAGGAUGUCAUGAAAUCCAAAUAUAAGAGGUCAAUGAACCACAUCCGAAACAUCCACACUGACCAAGACCCAGAACAGGCAUGCGAACAUGGGGACGAUUAUCCAGCACGGGAAUGGAUGAAGUCAGGUACAAAAGUGUACGAGAAGUUGCGGGAGAUAAUGUUGAAUACUAGAAUUCUCAAUGACAUUGGGAAGAUGUCUCCCCAUGCACAGACAAGCAAGGUGGAGGCUUUCCACAAUGUUCUUCUACAUUGGUGCCCCAAGUUGCUGGUAUAUUCAUACCAAGGGAUGAAGUGCAGAUUAUACUUGGCUGCUUUGCAUUGGAACGAGAACUGUGGUAGAUCGCAGGCUCAAGAUGUGGAUGGCAAUCCAGUGUACAAGUUGAAGUAUCCACGUUCCAAGGAAGGAGGUCACACAGUUGAAAAAGUUCUGACUGCUUGUACUUAUGAUUAUGUGAAAGCUCUACUGAGAGUAGUUCUGGAUCUGGUGGAAAACAAACUGCAAAUCAGAGGCGAAAUGGACGAGUUGCAGCCAAAGCCAGCCCGAAGUGCCUCAUACCAGAAACCCAACAAGAGCGAAGCUGUUCAGGCUUUCGAGGAGCACCAUCGCUUUGCUGAUAGAACCUAGUUUGAUUUUGAACAAAUUCAUCAGUGAAUUUUAGAAGUAAAACCAUGAUUAAUGAACCAGACUUUGUUACUAUAUAUGCCUUUUCAUGAAACAUGGUGAAUGCAUUUUCUAUCAGUACACAGAAGAUUAUCGGUAUGAUUUAUGCACGUGAGUAGUGUAUAAUAAAUAUGCAUAAUAGAAAAAGCAGAGAUGCCAAGUUCAAAGACCAGCUAUGCGUGAGAUUUUCUGUGAAUCUGAGUGAGAUCACAGACAUUGUGUACAAUGUAUAUGGAGAUAGGCUUUGAUAGUUGCGUGAAACAGAGAUUAGAGGGGAUGAACCAGAGUCCAAAAUGCUUGAGUCUCACGCAUAAUGUGUGAGACUUGGUUGCUCUGAAAAAGGUGAAAUACAUAGUAUACCACAAUAUAUGUGGAUCUCGGAAAAUACCUGUAAACUUAUGUAUCCUGUCCUAGCAUUAGGGAAUAAAUUAUUGCUGCUUUUAAUGUAGGACAGCAGCCAGUGUCAACAUCAAAAUCUUGACUGAGGUUAACUUUUUAAAUGUCCCAACUUUCAUUGCCCAUGACAUUAUUUUUAGGAUAAUACUUCAGGUGAAUGUAAUUACAGUUAAAUGAACUGUGAUUAUGCUCAGAUUUAACAACGAAACUUGAAUUUUCAAGUCAAGUAUGAAAGAUUGAUGCUGCUUUUUGGAUAGUAGUCAGUUCGACAUCAACAUCUUGAGUGAGUCCUAAAUUUGUAUUGUAUAUGGCUUUAAGAUCAGGAAAAAUUAUCCAGCUUGGACGUUAUCAGGCUAUAAUGAACUUUGAUCAUGUGUAGGUGUAAAUAUGAAAAAAAUCCUAGAUCAGUUUUCCUUGCAAAUUAGAUAUAAAGGGAAUGCUAGAUAAAUAUACAAACUGACUCCUUUCUACCUAUCCCAUGCACACAAAUAUUGACAUUAGACCAUCUCAUUUUGAUGUUUAAUGAAGCUUGUACACAAAGGGUAGGAGUACAAAGUAAACUUUUUAUGGAAGUUUUAAGGGGGUGAUGGGAUAAAAUCAUUUUAGGUAAAAAAAAACUCCCCAAAACAUGGUUACUGGUAAUAGCGUUAUAUGUACCAUUUUCAUAAGUUCAUUAACACAUCUAUUUUAUUUCGAAUACUGCAACAUUUUGUCGGUCUAUGAGACAAGUGUAUGCCCAGGUUUUCCAUUGCAAUGAGAUCAGGGUAUAGGGUACUUCUUUCUAUAAAGGGAAUACUAAUGGGUAUUAGAGCCACUUAAUUUGCAUCUGCAUCUUAAAUUUAUGGCCUAGAGUUGUUUAAUUGCACAAAGUGUGUUGGGGGGUAUUUUAAUGUCGCAUAGUCAAUUUUCUAUUUGUAUAUUAUAGGCAACACUACCAGGCAUGUCCCACCUUCCACCUGUUCAUUUGAAUAUUUACCAAACGACAGAUUUAUUGCACUAUGUCAUAUAAAUGACUUAUGUACACCUUGUUAUAGAUAGUGAAUGAUACAGGUUAUGCGACUUCUCCUAAAUUGAUAUUCAGUAAAUUUGACAGAAAAGAAAAUUUCUAUUGGGAGUUUGAAAAGAAUGUGUACAAUAUAGAACAAGGUGAUUUGUUAAAAUAUAAGUAAAGAAAUACCAAGAAAAGGAAAAAAGAACAGUUUGUUUUACUUUUAUUAUUGUAUUUAUGUUUUCUAGUAUGCUGAGACUUGGGAUAAUGAAGUGAUAGAGAAUCAAGUAUAUAAAGAUGUAAAGGGAAGAGAGAAAGAUAUGGAGAGUGACAAAGGGGAAGGGUGAGAGAAGAUAUAAGAAACACAGAAACGGAGUAAAGAGGGAGAAAGAUAAAUGAGAGAGGGGGCAAGGGCAGAAUGACAGCGAGAGAAAGUGAAAUAGGGGGGAAGGAUGAUGGAUGGGAGAGAGAAGAGGGGGUGAACUGAAGUCGUAUGGAUGUAUGUCAGGAAGAAUGGGUUAUUUCGGACGUUUUUAGGGGCAUCCAUUGUGUAGGAGAAAUAAUAAAGUAUUUUUUCCCCUCUGUAAUCACAUCUUAUCUGCAGAAAACCAUUAAAACAUGCAAAUCAAAUGAUCAACAAAUUAUUUUCCAACCAUUUCUUUCUUUUGCUGAAUUGUCGAAUCAGCCAGAUUUCUGUGGUCAGAAGAGUUUGACAUGAAGAUUCAACUAGUUGAUACCAUAACUUUUUUCUCUAUUUUUGAGAGGGAACUGGUGAAAAUGGAUCAAUCACAGUGAUUACUUUCUGACCAGUAGCAUAUAUCAGACAAAUAAAAUUCCAUCAUAAGAAAUUGACUUCCUCGCUAAUUUCUGUUCUGUGUCUACCAUCGUUUUCACACUUUCUCUUUCCAUGUCUCUCCUAUUUUUCUUCUUAUUUCUCUAUACGACUUUGCACUUGUUUCUCAAUGUAGAUCUUUGCAUUUCUCGAACUCCUUCCCCUUUCAUUCCUCUCACAAUAUUAAAUUUAUAAAUGAAAUAUAAAAAAAAUGUUUUCACUUCUUAUUUCUCUAUACGACUUUGCACUUGUUUCUCAAUGUAGAUCUUUGCAUUUCUCGAACUCCUUCCCCUUUCAUUCCUCUCACAAUAUUAAAUUUAUAAAUGAAGUAUAAAAAAAAUGUUUUCACUUCUUAUUUCUCUAUACGACUUUGCACUUGUUUCUCAAUGUAGAUCUUUGCAUUUCUCGAACUCCUUCCCCUUUCAUUCCUCUCACAAUAUUAAAUUUAUAAAUGAAAUAUAAAAAAAAUGUUUUCACUUCUUAUUUCUCUAUACGACUUUGCACUUGUUUCUCAAUGUAGAUCUUUGCAUUUCUCGAACUCCUUCCCCUUUCAUUCCUCUCACAAUAUAAAUUAUAAAUGAAAUAUAAAAAAACGCAACAAAUGCAUCAUGUUCAAGUUCAAUUCAUUUCAUAUAUUUUAAAAAAGACAAGGUUACAAUACAAAGUGAAUGUUAACAAGAUUGGUUGACAUGACUUCCUACUCAUCUGCCAGUGAAAUAAAUGCUCAAUGUAAUAGAUGGAAAUAAGGUGUAUAAUUAUUCAGUUCUCCAAAAUUUUCAAUCCAAAUUCAAUGACAAGAAAUAUAUUUCCUUGAUGAAAUAGUUACAUAAUGGGUGGAUACAUCUCAACAAUUUUGCAUAAUUAUGUCAAGUGAGAAGCUUGUCAUGCUUUUGAGACGAUACUUCCUACAUUGUACUACCAGUAGUUCUGAAAUGAAGCAACACACUCCAAACAUAUGUCACAGAAAAAAAAUCCUCAAAAUGUGAUCAUGUAAAUAAUAAUAAUAGCAGGGCCUGCUGGGAGAACAUCUUUCAGAACUGAAGUGGGUUCCCUGGGUAAAUUUUCUAUACUAUUAUUCCUGUUACAAAAAAAAAAAUACACUAUAACUGUUACAAAAUGAUUUCCAACUUAAACAGUAGGGAACCAAUUUCUUAUUUCUAUAAAAAAUAUAAGCAAAAAAGUAAAAGACAAAUAACUGCAUCAGAAAAUUUUUAAAUGAAAUUGAUUCACAAAGAAAAUUAAUGAUUCCAAUGAUUUAUAUAUUUCUAAUGAAAAGUCUUCACACAACAAAAAAUGGAUGUUAAAAGGGUUAUAGAUUUGCAGCAAAAUCCUAAUAUCAUGUCUAGAUAUUUAAAGUAUAUUUAAUGAACGUGAAAUAAGUGGAUGCAGAAAAAUUAAUGCUAACGUGUCAUUAAAUGUCUUUUAUUUUCCUAUUAUCAGUCAAAUUACUGUUGUGAUCACGAUAUCUGCA